AUGAGCCUACCAACAGCAACGUCAUCUUCAACAGAUGACAAUAACAUAUUUGUUGCUAUUAGAGUAAGACCAGAAUCAAAAAAUGAAAUCAAUGACAAGAAUCAUAAAUCAAUUAUAAGGGUGCUCGAUGAAAAUGUGAUCGUCUUGGAUUCGGUAUCGAGUACGAAUCCAACCAGUGCAAAUAGAAUGAACAAGGUGUCGUUGAGAACACAGGAACAAAAGUUUAUGUUUGACCGUGUGUUUGAUCAGUACGCAACACAACAAGAGGUGUUUGAAGGCACUACAAAAGGAAUCAUAGAGUAUGUCCUCAACGGAUACAACUCGACCAUCUUUGCCUAUGGAAGUACUGGAUCUGGAAAGACAUUUACAAUGAUUGGAAAUGCACAGGGCGGCGCAGGCAUCAUGGUGUUGAUGAUGCGUGAUCUCUUUGAGACUGUGCAAAACCAACAAAAUAGUGGUGCUGGAAAAUAUAGAAUUACAAUGUCCUACCUUGAAGUGUACAAUGAAUCGAUUCGCGACUUGUUUAUCGAAAAUUCAAAGGCAUUGGAUUUGCGGGAGGAUGGCAAUCGAAAUGUUGUAGUUGCCGACUUGACCGAACAAACUCCUUCAUCGGCCACCGAAGUAUUUCAAUUGUUGGAAAUGGGUAAUGCCAAUCGCAAACAAUCACCAACCAACAUGAACCUUACAUCAUCUCGAUCACACGCAGUUCUUCAAAUCUAUGUUCGUCGCACUGACGAUCAGGGACACGACAAGGUUGGCAAACUGUCGUUGAUUGAUUUGGCUGGGUCUGAGCGUGCCGCCAAAACACUCAACACUGGAAUGCGUCUCGUCGAAGGUGCCAACAUCAACAAGAGUCUGCUGGCACUUGGAAAUUGCAUCAAUGCACUAGGCGAUCGAAACUACAAGCCUGGCAAAUACAUUCCCUAUCGUGACUCCAAGUUGACACGUCUUCUCAAAGACUCGCUUGGCGGUAAUUGCAAGACCAUCAUGAUUGCCAACGUCUCUCCCAACAGUGCGUCCUAUGAGGAUUCUCACAACACCCUUAAAUACGCCGACCGUGCACGUUCCAUCAAAACAAAGAUCCACAAGAAUAUCCUCAAUGUAAAUACACAUCUCAGUCAAUACACUCAACUCAUCAAAGAACUUCGAGAGGAAAAUAGAAUAUUAAAAUUAAAACUUUUGGAACAACAACAACAAUUGGAAUCAACUGGUUAUUUUAAUGAUUUUGAUCAAAUCCAAAGACAACCUUCUGAACAACAACAUCAACAUCAACAACAAUUAUCUGUUUCCAAUCCAACUGGAGCAGUAUCUCCAACAAAAAAAGAAAUGGUAUCAUCUUCAUCAUCAUCAUCGUCAACUUCAUCAUCAAUUCCAUUUACAAUUCAAAAUAAUUCAGAUCCAAUUAGUAAUGAUAAAUUUAACAAGGUAAAUGACAAGAUAACUAAUAAUCUUCAAGAAACAUUGGCAAUCAAAAAGAAUUUAAAUAAUCUAUUUGAUAAAAUGGAAGAACUUGAACUGUUAUUAUUUGAGAAUCAACAGAAAAUCAAUACUACAACAGAAGACAAUCAACAGAAUAGUGGUAGUAGUAGUACUAGUACGACGAUUAGUAUUCAACAAUUAAAAUUAAAUCAAAUGCAAUAUAAUAAUCAAAUAAGAGAUUUAAAGACUAGUCAAACAAUGUUAUUGGAUCAUUUAGAUAGAAAUGAUAAAUGGAGAAGAAAAUUAACUACCAAACUUACAUCAUCCAACAACAACUUGAUCAAUAAUCUAUCAACAAACCAAAAAUUAUUAAUUCAACAAGCAAGAGCUGCAAGUUUAGAAUUGGAUCGUUGGGAUUUGAAUGAAAAGAUUGUAAAGGAAAGAUCAAAUUAUGCUCUUCAAUCUCAACAAAUUGAACAAUUGGAAAUUGAUGCCACAGAAUAUAAAUCAUCUAUUCAAUCAAUGUUUAAUAUUUUAUCUGAUAAUUUUAAUGUUUUAAAAGAUAAUAAUUUACUAAGUGAUGAAUUUUUAAAAGAAUUUGUAAAGUGUGGAGGAAUCAUUGAAAAAGUAAAGAAUGCUGGAAAUAUAAUUAUAAAGAAACCAAAGAAAAGAAAAUCAUUGUCAACUCUUAUUAGUAAUUUAUCUUCUUCAUCUUCUUCAUCAUCGUCAUCGUCGUCAUCUUCUUCUUCCUCAAAACAAUCUCAGUCGCAGUCAUCAUAUGCCAAUCUUGUAUCUGUUAAUCCUCAAAAAAGAUCCGAUUCCUCUUUGAAUCAUUCAAUUGAUCAAUCAGAAAUGAUGAAUACAUCUUUAGAUUUGAAGAUUCCAGUUGCCAAGAAAUUAUUAAAACCAAUAUUAAAAAAGACAACAUCUUCCAAUUCCACCACCACAUCCACUACUCUACAACAAAAUAUUAAUAUUUCAAAUACUACCUCCUCAUCCUCUACUUCACCUACAUCAUCUUCAUUGAACAAGAAAAGAUUAAUUACCGAUACUGUAAAUAAUACUAAUAAUAGUUCCCAACAACAACAACAACAAUCUCAACAACAACAACAACAACUUCCACAACAACCAAGAUUAAAAAGAUUAAUGACCAACAACUCUAAUAAUACAUCGAUAGAUGGAAUAACUACACUUCCAAAAUCAGUUACUUCUCUGACUAUUCCAGCUGCAUCAGUCUCUAGUCCCACCAACACCACCAACAACAACCAUUUGGCACCAACUAUAAAGAGUAUGUUGGCAACCAAACCAAUGCAAUUAUCAUCACUUCGAGUCAAACAACAACAAGGUACUACAACUCCAACUUUAACUGCUGCUGUCCAAGGUACUAGUAGUAAUAAUAGUACAAGUAGUAGUUCUACCUUAAAGGUAAAAAGAGUACCAGCCUUGAAAACAAUGUAA